CACGAAUAAACAAAACAAGAGAAAAUUAAAAUUAAUUCAAAAAAAAUCUUCAAAGAGCGCCUUUCCUAUUCGAAGGUUCUUAGGUUCCCGCCGAAAAAAAACCUAACGCACGAUAGACGGGUCGGGUUCUAGAAAGCUUUGACAAUAGUAAGUCUUUAUCGUGCUCUACAAAGAAUGAAAAGGAGACUGGUAUCAUGUCAGAAUAGCUUAGUGAUUAGGUUGCCACAGAAUACAGAGAUUAUGUGUUUAUUUUCUAUCGUACGUCCAUGUUACUAAGGCUGACAUUUGACAAAUAGUUUAGUAUGGCUUUUUUAUCUAUAUUCACAAUGACAAAUUGAUUCAACCAGCUGUGUGAUUACGAAAAAUCUACGUCUUAUUUGUAAAACAUCUAAAUAAAAUUGAUAAACUAGUUUUUGUUUAAAAGUAUCAUCACAGCUUUUUUGUGUAAUCUGCCAGAAACCGUGAUAAAAAUGGCAUACGCCUACUUAUUCAAAUACAUCAUCAUAGGCGACACAGGUGUGGGCAAAUCAUGCCUACUAUUGCAGUUUACUGACAAAAGGUUCCAACCUGUGCAUGACCUUACAAUUGGUGUAGAGUUUGGUGCUCGUAUGAUCACCAUUGAUGGCAAGCAAAUCAAACUUCAAAUAUGGGACACUGCAGGACAGGAGGCCUUCAGGUCAAUUACAAGGUCCUACUAUAGAGGUGCGGCAGGUGCACUUCUUGUGUAUGAUAUCACCAGAAGGGAUACUUUUAACCAUCUCACUACAUGGCUCGAGGAUGCACGCCAACACUCAAACUCAAACAUGGUCAUAAUGUUGAUUGGGAACAAAAGUGAUCUGGAGUCUCGUCGUGAAGUGAAGAAGGAGGAGGGAGAAGCAUUUGCGCGGGAACACGGACUCGUAUUCAUGGAAACUUCAGCUAAAACAGCAGCCAACGUUGAAGAGGCCUUCAUCAACACUGCUAAAGAAAUCUAUGAGAAGAUACAGGAAGGAGUCUUCGAUAUUAACAAUGAGGCUAACGGCAUCAAGAUCGGGCCGCAGCACUCGGCGGCGGGCGGCGCGAGCGGGGCGGGCGGCGCGGGCGCGGGCGGUGCGGCGGGCGGCGGCUGCUGUUAGGCUCUGCACUGCACACACUGAGGCGGGCGAGGAGUGAGGAGGGAAGCAGCUGUGUGCAACGAACAUUGGUACGAAGAUUGAAAACUUUAAUGUACGCCAGAUGACUAGAUUUAUUUUAUAUGCUGAUGGAUAGCUUGCGUUAAACAAACUCACUACUUUUAGUAUGAAGUAAUGUUAUUAUAGUAACUACAGUUACAACCAUUCUCAAGACGGGUGGCGUUGGGGUAUUAGCUAUGUAUGUACGUAUUACUGGAAGUUAUAUAAACUAAGCGUCAUUGAGGAGGUGCUAGCUAACUUUAACAAUAAAAAUAAUUCUCGAGUCAAAAUUUCCUAUUGAAGAAUUCAGUAGAAGAAUAAUGUCAAAUUAAGGUUCGUACUAUAAUUACCCUUAAUCAACCAUAUUUUCUCGUAGCUUUUUCUAUGUCUCUCCCAUAGAAACGUCUUUUGCCGCUUUAUUGAAAAAUAAACCUCGACAAGGUAUAUGUUUUUGGUAUAUUAGCUAGUAAACACAUAAAAUUAUUCUACCUAGGUAUGUGUUUUGCUUCCUUCCGUAGCAGCAGAUUCUUUAAUGUUCUGUUCUAUGAACUCAUUACUGGACUGAGUAAGUACCUACAGUUGAUUCUAAAGAAAUUGAAAGAAAAAAAAUGACGUCACAGGCUCAAACAAACAUAUAUCGCAACAUAUUUGUUUUUCUUUAUGUAAAGGUAAGUAAAUAACGUAAGACGGAUUUCUAAAUCUUGUCAAAUGCCUCUUCGUCUUUCUCAACUCUUCCAUGUGGUGAUUGACAAUCUGUUAAGAAUAGAUGUUACGGAAGGAUGAGAGAUGUCUUUUGACGUAAUCAUUACCGUCAUAAAUAAUCACAAAUGAACAAAAAAUACGGUCGAAUGGGCAGUCAGAGUCCCUUAAUAUUGACUUGAUAAGUUUGUGUACUUACUUACACCUUAAGACCGAAAGCGAAAUAUUGUCUUAUGUAACUUUGUAAGAACACAUAGCCAGCUACUUUUAUAUACAUAAUUUUGUUCUAGGUUAAAAUUGGUCAUAACAUUUAAAGUUCAUAUUGAUUAGACUUUGAAUCAGAUUGAAAAAUAAUUAUAAUUAAACCAGACUAUUAUCAUGAUGGUGAAAUUUACUCAUAAAUUACAUUUAUUAGAGGAAUAGACAUAGUAAGUUACUCCAUCAUGGCAAACCCCAUUAUACAUUACGAAUUAUCUACUUUUAUAUAAAAUUCACAAAAUUAAUCGCUUGUAUGUAAACCUUAUUGUGUGUAUAUUGUUGAUGUAAAUUUUAUUUGCAAAUAUAUUGUCGUCAAGGUUUCACAAUAUUUUUAAUCUGGCAUUUAUAAAAGUACAUUAAUUGUUGUGUAUCCUUGUUAUGUAGUCCAAUGUUUGUGUUUAUUUGUAUUAUAUUUAACGGGUGUAUUGCAAGAAGACAUAAGGUGUAAAUUGGCAUGAUCCUAUAUUUCAAUGUGUAUAGUUACAUUGACUUAGUUCAUUUUAUAACUUGUUUGUUACCAGACAGAUAAUAUAUGUACUUCUAAUUUGAUAUAUUAAUUUAUCGUUCACAAUGUUACUUUUUUAUUUAUUUUACGAAGAUUUCAAUGUAAGUAGUGGCACCACUGACUGACAAGAACCAAUGAUCGAAAUUCCCUUCCGUGAUCAAGUAAAACCGAUCACUAAAUAUGAUAGCUCGGUGUUAUCACACUCAGCGACUGGCCACCCACUCUUAUUUUCAUUGAUCACAGAAAAAAAUUACGAUAGCUGGCGCUUGUCGGUCAUGGGUGCCACUAUCUUAUGUAUACAAUGAAAAUGUCCUUUUAUACUUAUACAAAAUUCUUUUAAUUUAUCAUGUAAUUAGAUUAAUUUGAUUGCUUGACCUUACUGUUUCAAGGAAAUAAUGUCAAAUUGGUAUGUGGUGUUGUAGGCCUAUUUACAAUAUUGUACAAGAAAAAAAUAUAAGUACUAAAGAGAAAACCAUCUCACUACGAAUUUCUCUAAAAACGAUAAGGAUUGCUUGCAAGAUAAUGAAAGACGUGAUUACAAAAUAGGUUAUUUUUAAGUUUAGCACAUUGUAAUGAUAUAAUAAAAUAUUUUGUAAGGUUACGAUAUGCAAACACAUUUGUAAGGUGUAAUUCAUGAGAGUAAAUGUUGAAAGCCAAAAGGAGUGGUUUUAAUUAAGAAUCUGUUUCUGAUGAAAUCUAGAAAACCGCGUUAAAAUACAUCGUUAAUCUGUGUAAUUAAGACAUCAAAUUAAAAUCCGUAGUAAGCUGUGGCAAGCAGGGACGUAUUUACCCUAGGACCCAAACGGCCAUGGCCGCACGGGGCAGGCUGCGAGGGGCAUCAAAUUUAUCUAUGCAAUUAAUCUAAGAUACUACCUUCUACCUACUUUUACCAUGAUAUGUACUUAAACGAGGACUUGGUCCUGAUGUAUGAAUAGGAAAACUAAUAAUAAUAAUCCUUGGCUAAAGAGAACUGGCGCAAACCUGUAUAAUUACUACAGAUGAACGCAGGGAGGUAUGGCAGAGCAAAGAGCUUCAGCUUUUUCCGGGCGCUACAUAGACCCGAAGUAGAUCUCAAAGCGUCCGUGGCUUGGCUUCGAUUCGGUAACCUACUUGGAGAGACCGAAGGUUUUGUUUGUGCAAUUGCAGACGAAGUUAUAAUGACGAACAAUUACCGAAAAUAUAUUCUGAAAGAUGGGACGGUUGACAUAUUAUGUCGCGCAUGUCACUGUCCUGGUGAAUCGAUUAGGCAUAUUGUUUCGGGUUGUUCUCGUCUAGCUUACGGUGAGUACUUGCACAGACACAACCAAGUGGCCAGGAUUAUCCAUCAGCAACUUGCCCUGAAAUACAACCUUGUUGCUUCUGAGGUGCCAUAUUACAAGUAUGUGCCCGACCCAGUUCUCGAAGUCAUAUCACGUUGUACUGUUACCGAUCUAUCAUCACUGACAAGACUAUUCUAUAAAAGAUGAUAGAUCGGGAAAAGCGCCUCGCAAUGAUAGUUGAUAGGAUGUGUCCGAUAGUGUGUGUGAUAGGAUAAGACGAGAACCUCAUGAAAGCCGAGAAAGAUAAACAAAUAAAAUAUCUUGACUUGGCUCAUGAGGUUGUCGCAAUGUGGGAUGUUGACUCGGCUAUCAUUGUGCCGAUAGUUGUGACGGUCAAUGGCCUGAUAGCCAAGAGACUCGAUUGUCAUCUGUGGAGGCUGGAGUUGGGUGACUGGGUCAAGGGCCUGAUAGAGUGCAGUACUCCUUGACACGGCUAGCAUAGUGAGGAGGUUCCUUUCUCUGGGGCCUUAACUACCAGUAGCAAGGAUGGGGCCAUUCGCCUAACGGAAAUGCUUUGGAAAACGCUAACGCUUUCGAUUUCAUUUUGUUAUUUCUGACCGCCGAAGGUUUUCAAAUACCUCACGCUCAUUUUCUUUAAUAUUGUUAUUACCAAUGCAAAAGAAAAAAGAGCGCGAGGCAUUUGAAAACCUCAGGUGGCUAGAAAUAACAAAAUGAAAUCGUAAGCGUUAGCGUUUUCCGAAGCAUUUCCGUUAGGCGAAUGCUUCGGAAAUGCCCUGUUCUCGAUGCCGGUUGGCUUCUAUUUUUUUAAUUUUUAUAGUAAAUAUUUAAAAAUGUAAUUAAUAUGGUAUACAAUGAAUAAAGAGAAUAAUAAUGAUAUUCUUUAUUGACAUAUACCUCACAGGAAAUACAAGAUAUUAAACUAGGUUUUUUUUCAUAUUUUUCCCAUUCUCAGAACUUUGUCAGAACUGCAUUUAAGUACUUGACUAUUUAAUUUAAGGUGUUAGGUAAGUCAAAUAAUGUCGAUCCAAAUCAGAAAAAAUAUUGAAUGUCCAUAUUUUUAUAUUAAAUAAAUAAUAUAACCCAAAACACAGAGCCUUACACAGAUAGAAUAGGAGUUAUUUCAUUCAAAACUGUAAAGACACAGUUCACAGCUUCUGGGGUCUUCAUUUUCACAAUACCACUGUUUUUAACUUCAGCUUUUGGCAAAGUAACUUCAUAGAGAUCGAAAACACUUAUAUCUAACAUGACCAUAUGAAAUAUUUGAUUCUGAAGUAUUUGGUAAGCCAAUUUUAUCUGUUCAGAGUUAUUUUUUACUUCUUCCUUUAAUCCAUUCCAAAUGAUGCGAACAUCUCCUAUAUCAAGGGACAUAUUUAAUUUGUCUUUGUGUUCUACUUGUGGUGUUUUAAAAGUCAAUGUGAAAGGAUCGGAAUUUCGUGACGUAUCAAUUUCAAGAAAACUGAAACCAAAAUGCAGUAACUGAUGCUGAGAAAAAGAGAAUUGUUGUAUAAUGCAAUCAAAUAAAGUUUGCAACACACUUCUAACUGCAUUCCCCACUUUUUGUUCACCUUUCUCCAACAUGUAUGGUAAAUGUGUGGCAUUCUCUAACUUGCUGCUUACACCCCAUGAGAGGAAAAUAGCUGAAUAUGCAACUUUUGAUAUGUUUUGAUUUUCUUGAGAAGAUGAUACAGUUAAUAACAAACCACUAGAGUCAUCUGGACAGUAUUUGAGAUAUGGUUGUUCCUCAAUUAAUACUGAAUACUUCAAACUAUUUGCUGGAAUUGCACUAACAAGUGCUUGACGUAUUUUCGAAGCAUAUUGUUUUAACUUUACUACAUUAAAAUUUAAAUUAUUUAAAGCUGAUACUUUAUUCAAUCUCCACUGUCCUUCAUUGUAUAUAAUUGCUAGGGGGUCUGAAUAAAUAUCAUGUUUUUCUUGAUUAUAGUCAGACAUUAUUUCAAGAGUGGUUGGUCACAAUCAAGAAUAACUUUUUACAGAAUAUCUUAACAGAAGUAUUGUUCAAGCCCUAAAUUUCAAGUGAAACAGGAAAUUAGCAUAAUUUAAUUACAGAAACCACUGCAUUUACCACUCUAUACAAAAUAUACUCGUUAACAAACAAAACGGAAAAUUCAAAACAAAACAAUUUAAAUGACAGCAGGAAACGGUUACAUGCUUUUUUUUUUGUUGAAGUUCUCCCGUUUUAGGGAAGGCAAAGG